AGGCGGCCUUCGAGCUAUACAGCACCUCCCAAAUGGGAAGCACCCUGUCCCUGGCCGAGAGACCCAAGGGGAUGAUUCGGUCAGGAUCCUUCCGAGACCCCACGGACGACGUUCAUGGCUCUGUGCUGUCCUUGGCUUCCAGUGCCUCCUCCACCUACUCUUCACAAAUCCGGAAACUUCGAAGGGAGCUGGAAUCAUCACAGGAGAAAGUGGCCACACUGACAUCCCAGCUGUCUGCCAAUGUGAGUAUUUUCUUUGAGGGGGUAGAAGAUAGGGAGACAUUGUUUGCCACAUAAAGAUCCUCUGCUGGGAAGGAAAGGAGGUGGUAUGGUCUGUUAGUGACCUGGGUUGUCUUCAAAGUUCUAAUCUGACCACUGGGGCAAUCUCUUGACCUCACUAAGCCUCAGUCUUCCCACCUAUAAAAUGAGAAGACCCAUUCUUGUGUGCCCCACCCAGUAUGUGGGUUCUGAGAUUGGAUAAAAUCUUACUUGCAAAAAGCUUUGAAAUCCCAAAAAGAAAAAGAAAAAAAAAAAAAAGAUUUAUCAUGGAGGCUAUGCCAAGAUUGAGGUAAUCCUGUCAUUGACCUUAGGCUAUCUUGGCCCUGAAGUAGGAUUAUAAAGUCCCUGAACUGGCUCACCCCCACUGCCCUGGGGUUUAUGAUGUUACACAAGCAGGCAGCCCAGAUCUGGGUCAUCAGUAUUCUCUUUGCUGACCAUAUCACCACAUAGAAACUCAACUCCUUCCCUUACAAUCUCCAUUUCCUGUUAGUCUCCGCAAACGGCUAGCCAGAAUGAUCUGAGCUUCAGGCUGGGAAGCCAGAAACUCCUGGUUUCUGUUGUCUACCUGCCCCCAGGGUUAGGGUUUAGGAUGAGUCAUUUCCUAUCUACUGGCCUUAAUUUCCUUUUCUGUAUAAUGGGGAGAAGCCACUUCAUCUCUCUAGACAGCGGGAGUACCUCCUCCCUGACCCCACUAAAAGGGUAAACAAAAGCCAUAACAGCCCUACUGUGAAUGGAGAGGGUGGGACAGCAAUUUUCCCCCAAAAUUGUAAACAACAGCUGAGCCGAUCUGCAAGAACCAUCCAAGUGUUCACACAAAAGUGACCGUAUCUGCAAUUUCCGCAAUAGCUCCGGUUUCUCUCUCUCCUUCCCCUCUGGGGGACCCAGCUGCUGGGCCUGGGGAGACAUCCUUCAACCAAGUACAACAACUCCCACACUCAAAACUAA